AUGAAAAUAGAUCCACACCAAUCACUGAAUACAAGUGAAUAUGGUUCCGAAUGGUCAGACAAUGGUACAAUUUUAAAAGAAUCUAGAUUGGUUCGCAACAGUCAUUUCAAUAAAUCAAUUCUUAUGGAACUGGCCGAGCGAAUUAAUGAAAAAAGAAGGAUUUAUAAUAUUUCCCCUAUAACUAUGAACCUUGAACUCUGUGCUCGAGCAAAACAAUGGGCAAAUAUUUUAGUUACGAAGAAAACUUUCGAGCCAAAAAGGAAUUUAUCAAUGAAUUUAUGGAUGGGACAAAAUCCAACAGGUGGUAUAGUUGAUGAAUGGGAUAAAGAAAUGACUUCAUGGCCAGCACAUAUUUUUCGAUGUGCUUCAUUCAGUAAAAUGGGCAUUGCAAGUUCUUAUGACGAUCGAACGCAAUCAUUCAUAAUCGUAGUUGAAUAUUCUUGA